AUGGGCCAAAAGGCCUCUGUCCCACAACCGGGCGCCCAAAUCCAAGUCAUCGGCGCCGGAUUACCACGCACAGGAACCUCAUCAUUCAGCCAAGCGUUAGAAACCCUCCUGCACGGACCGGUGUACCACUGCGGCACGCAAAUAUCGAGAGGUCCACCAACAGAGAUAAAAAGCUGGAUGCCAAUUCUACAAAACUGGCUCAAAAAGGACGACAGCACAAGUCGGGAAAAGAUGCUCACACUCCUGCGCCGCCGAUUGGCCGGCUACGUUGCCAUCACCGACUCCCCAGGCUCCGAGCUCAUCCCGGAACUCAUGGAGCUGUUCCCGGACGCCAAGGUCAUCUGUACAACUCGUGACCCUAUCUCAUGGGAGAAGAGUAUGCUCUAUGUGCAGAGUUUGACGGGUGUUUGGUUUGCGCGUGCUGUCCUCCUCCCGCUGGACGGGAUGAGGCAUUUUAUCCCGUAUGGAUAUUUGCUUGCAGCUCUCUGGGAGGGGCUUUAUGGUGGUGUUGCGGGUCAGCAUGGGAGGGAGACUUAUGCAAGUCAUAUUGCUUGGUUGAAGGAGGUUGUACCUGAGGAUAGGUUGGUUUUCUUUGAUGUCAAGGAUGGGUGGGGGCCGUUGUGUGAGGCUCUGGGUGUGGAGGUUCCGGUUGGUGUGCCAUUCCCGCGAAUCAAUGAUUCAGAGGCCAUUGAGAGGUCUGUAAAUCAUCAUUUACGGAGGGGCCUUACACACUGGGCUUGCAUUUUUGGUGUGAUUGGUGUCGGGGUGGCGGCUUUUCGCGUGUGGAGGUGA